GUCAGCCGUAUCCGGUGGGGCAGCGGUCCAAGGCUCGGAAAAAAAAAAUCGAAGCGAGCAGGAAGAUCUGGUAACGGUGCGCUUUGUGAAAAUAUCAUACUGCCGAGUUUUUUAUCGAAAGGCCCGGUGGGAUUUUACAGUUUUUCGUUAAGGUCAGAGGUCAUAGAGCAGGGUCGCGGCUGUCGUCAUGGCAUCUGGAAGUACGAGCAGCGAGGAGGAGCGGAGCCUCAGGGAGUGUGAGCAGUACGUGCAGAAACACAACAUCCAGCAGCUGCUGAAGGACUGCAUCGUCCAGCUGUGCACCUCCAGGCCUGACCGGCCCAUGGCAUUCCUCAGGGAAUACUUCGAGAGGCUGGAAAAGGAGGAGGCCAAGCAGAUUCAGAACCAGCAGAAGGCCAGCAGCUCCCGCUCAGACUCGCGCGAUGAAGAAGUGUCUCCACCCAUGAACCCAGUGGUGAAGGGUCGCCGGCGGAGAGGAGCCUUCAGUGCCGAGGUUUACACAGAGGAGGACGCAGCCUCGUACGUCAGGAAGGUGAUUCCAAAGGACUACAAAACCAUGGCUGCUUUGGCUAAAGCCAUUGAAAAGAAUGUGCUCUUCUCACACCUGGAUGACAAUGAAAGGAGUGACAUAUUUGAUGCCAUGUUUCCAGUCACCUACAUUGCUGGGGAAACAGUUAUUCAGCAAGGUGAUGAAGGGGACAACUUCUAUGUCAUCGACCAAGGAGAGAUGGAUGUGUACGUGAACAACGAGUGGGUGACCAGCAUCGGAGAGGGAGGCAGCUUCGGAGAGCUGGCACUCAUCUACGGCACCCCGAGAGCGGCUACAGUCAGAGCCAAGACCAACGUGAAGCUGUGGGGCAUCGACAGAGACAGCUACAGGAGAAUACUCAUGGGAAGCACUUUGAGAAAGAGGAAGAUGUACGAGGAAUUCCUCAGGAAAGUGUCCAUUUUAGAGUCUCUUGAUAAAUGGGAGCGUCUGACGGUGGCCGACGCCUUAGAGCCCGUUCAGUUUGAGGACGGCCAGAAGAUCGUGGUGCAGGGCGAGCCCGGAGAUGAGUUCUUCAUCAUUUUAGAGGGUUCAGCAGCUGUCUUGCAGCGUCGCUCCGAGAAUGAAGAAUUUGUUGAAGUAGGAAGAUUAGGACCGUCUGACUACUUUGGUGAGAUUGCUCUGCUGAUGAACCGCCCUCGCGCUGCCACAGUGGUCGCCCGCGGCCCCCUGAAGUGCGUGAAGCUGGACCGGCCCCGUUUCGAGCGCGUCCUGGGCCCCUGCUCAGACAUUCUGAAACGCAACAUCCAGCAGUACAACAGCUUCGUGUCGCUGUCUGUCUGAGGGAGGAGCGCCGCUCCCCAUCUUCUUUUUCUGCCCCCCCUACUCUUCCUUCUCCUUCUCCUCCUCCUCACUUUCUCUUCUUUCAGACCCAGGGUCCACAAAUGCAAUUUGCUUUUCGCUCUCAUUUAUUUUACUUUUUGGCUUUUGAGUUCUCUGUUUGUUUUACUCAAAUGGUUUUUUGCCGUCUCCACGUGUCACGCUGUGGUGACUUUCAGCCACUCACCAGCGCUUGUACCAGCUGCUGUACGCUACCUUGUAGACACAGUUACACCACGUUACUUAUCUUUCAUAUAUAUAUAAAUAUCUAUAUAUUUAUCUAUAUAUAUUUGCUGGUUACACUUUUUCUUUUUAGAUUUCAAUUUAAAGCAGGAGAUCUGAAAGACUUUAGGGUCUCAGACUGAUGAGACAAUCAGACCUUACAAGGCGCUUUUACUGUUUUGCUUUCAGAUGAGGCGAAGGCCGAUUCUUCCCUCUAGGUACACAGGAGCAAGGCAGAAAUAUGACCGCACCCAACUGUCUUUCUGAUUGUUUUUAAUCCUUUCUUUUCGGGAAUCAGCUGUGAUCUGAGACUCCAUUCGGUUUUUUUUAUUGUUAUUUUGUUACCUUUUCGACGGGGAUGACGAAGGCGGUCACGCGUCUGUUUUCGCUUAGUUUGGAAGAGUUUGUACAACUUCAAGGGUUUUUAUUGUGCAGCUACCAGGCUAGUGCCAAAUGUUGAUUAUUGUCACAGCGCAGACAUGCAUAGCUGCGGAAAUGUUCCCUGGAGCUCCAACAGGAAAUGGCUAGAGUCCUCCUAAUCGACUGAACAACCACACAAGAACUGCCUUGAAUACUCGAAGGAGAAGAAGAAAAAAAUACACAAGAAUAGAAGGCAAAAGGAGUAUUAUGUGAGUUUCAGUAUUCAGUUUCUUUAGAAAAAUACCAAAUAACUUGGUCACUCUUCUGCUAUUGUUUAUAAUCAAAAUGUUAUUAUAGUAUAGUUCUAUUAUUAUCAUUGAGAAAAUGAUAAAUCUUAUGGUUUGGAGUGAAAUAUGUUUAACUGUUUUUUGUAAACACUUAUUUUUCCAUAAAUUCUAUUUUAGGUGUUUGGUGCCACAAAGUACUAAAUAAAUAAAUGAUUCUUCUCGUCGACUGACAUCAACAGUAUGUAACUCGUAUUGUGUAAAACGUCAUGGGAAAGGUUUUUCAGCAGCAAUGGGAGCACGUUUUGAAGGAAAGUGAAGUAUUUGGCUGCUGAAGCUGGCGGGCAGAGCGAGUAGACUCACUGCUGUCAUCGCCUCUUAUCGCCUGCAGGGGGAGCCUGACCUGUUCUCUACGCUUAUUUAAAGAAAGAAAGGAAAAAAAAAAGAUGCUUGUUGCAGAAGCAGGAAGUUUGUCGGAUAUUUUGUUUGUUAUCCCUUUGGCUUAACUGCUUCACCACUAUUUAGAUAGCAUAUGAUGUUUUUGUAAGAUCUCUACCAAGUGAGAUGAUGUUGAUCUGACUCCUCAUUCCCGCUUCACUCUUUUAUCGGAGCUGACCUCUGGAUCCGCAGUGUCUCUGUUCUUUGCUUCAUUUAGAGCAGUCGUAUGCGCUUCAUGUUGAGAUGUCUGUUUGAUUUUUAACUUUUUAUUUUUGAAGCUUUUUUUUUUUUUGGUACUGAUUGCGCAGUGUUCAGCUCGGUGAGAGGAAUGUCUGAACUUAAACUGAUGGUCUGUCGUCCCAGCCGGCCCCCCGGUUUGCUCCUGGGUUUGUGUCCACUGAUGACACGUCGUGUUUAUCCUCCGUCAGGGCGGAGGGAGUCACCUUCAUGGUUUUCAUGUAAAUAGCUGCAUCGGAGGUUUUAGUUGGAAUCGUUUUUAGCCACACUGCAAUCGUCCCGGUUUGCCUUAGCUUACCUAACCUGGGCUUACAGUAGUUGUCCGUCACUUCUAGCCCGACCUUCAGAGAGCUUGAUUGGUGUGCAGCACAAGGAGCUGCGGCCCGUCAGAGGACCAUUCUUUUUCUAUUCUAACCUGUAUUUAGUUUGACCUCCUGUAUGUGCAAAGAUGUUUAUCCUUUUGGUAUAGAUUGUUCCAGAUGGCAGUUUAAGCAAUAAAAAAGUAAAAAGCCAUUCA